CAAAAUGAGUUAAUUGAAUUAACCUAUAAUGGCUGAAGAAGACGAAAUUGAUAUUUUAGGAGAUUAUAGUUUAGAUGGGUUUCUGGCAGGAACUAAUGCAAUAUCUAAUAUAAACUCAGAACUUGAUAUUUUGCAAUGUGAUUAUUCAAUGAAUUCACACAAUGAAUGGCUCUUAGAUUCAUCAUCUUCCUGCUUCUAUAAUGAUGAAACAACAAAAGUUAAUGAACGGGUAAAGAGUAUAUCUCCACCUACUGUCAUAAAUGUUAUAGCCACACGACCGAAUGUUUCAAAAAUAGAGCCAAUAUUGGGUUGGUCCACUACUGAAAUUGUUUUAUUAGAAAGGGGUCUAGAACUGUUUGGGAGCAGUCCAGUGUGCUUAAGCCAAUUUAUCGGAUCUAAAACACCAAGCCAAGUUAAACAAUACCUUAAAGUUUCUCAAAAUAAAAAUUUAACAAAAAUUGCAGUUUCUGAAGUGAGUUUAGAAAACACGAUCACCAAUCAUGUUAAUUUAGAUGUUAGUGAAGUCAAAUGUAAUCAAAACACCAAAAGUAUUGGUGAUGAAGUGCUUGAUGAUGUUGAUAUACCAGCUUCCGUUGAAGAAGUUAUAAGUAUUGUCAGUACAGCAAAAACCACAGUUAGAAAACAUGAAAAAAAGGAACAAAAUGAUCCUGAAGUUAAAAAAGUUAUUCAUAAUGCUUGGAGACAGAAAUCAGUUGUUAAAGGUAAUAAUUCCAGAAGUGUUUUAAAACCAGUGUUUCAAAAGUAUCUUAAAAAACCAUCAAGUUUAAGUGCAAUUAAACCUAAUAAACUUAGUAUUAAAGAAAGUAUAAUAGCUAGUAUGAAACAAAGAUUUUCCAAGUCAAAGAAUAUAAAGAAUAGUGGUUCUAAUUUAGUGAGUAAAAAAACAAGACUUCAAAGAAAUAGUAUUAUUAGAAAUAAAAUGAAGUUCUCGGAAAAGCCCCCAUACACCUUACAUUUGAUAACUGGAGGAGGAAAAGCUUUGCCUAUAUCAGAGUCUGAAGAAGUGAUAAAGCUUGAAAAUAGAUCAGAUGUGGAUAGUGAUACUGAGAUAGAUAUUGAAGUAGAUGAUACUCCUGCACCAACUGAAAACAAUACAAUUCUUAAUUCAAGCCAAACAAUUCAAAAUGGAAAAUCGGAAGAACACUCUAUAAAUUGUGUCUCUAUUGAUGGCUGCAUUAAUAGUUCAGAUGAUGUUUUUGAAGAAGAAACCAUUAUUGAUGAUAUGGAUAGUAUUAACUGUUUUCAUGAAGAAGUCGUUAUAACUGAUGAAACAAACGAAUCUGUUGGAAACAGUGAUGAAGAUUCAGAUGUUGCUGAACCUAAUAUAUCAAUUGAUUUGAAAAAGCAAUUACAAUCUUUAGAAAAACCGGAAUCUGAAUAUAUUAUUGACUCUGAAUGUAUAUCUGAAUUAGAAAAAUAUUUUAAUUCUGAAUUUUUUGAUGGCAGGCCAACAAAAACACCAGAAAGAUAUUUAAAAAUAAGGAAUUAUAUGUUGUCUAGAUGGAAAAGUACUAGACCUAACUAUUUAAGUAAAACACAAGCAAGACAAGGUCUGAAAAAUUGUGGCGAUGUUAAUUCUAUUGGUCGAAUACACUCAGUUUUAGAGCAAUUAGGAGCCAUAAAUUUUAAUUGUGAUCAAACUUGUUACAUAAGGCCAAUGUCAGAUCUAUUUAAAAAUAAUUCUAAUAUAAUAAAUAGUUAUAAUAGUACUAAGAAUGAAUCUUUAGAAGUUAAUCAACCAGUAAGAGUAAGAAAAAAAAAUAGGGCAUAUGCAAAUGAUAGCGAAGGUUAUACUAUAUCACAUUCACAAGAUAAUGAGAUGCCAAAAAAUACAGUAAGACUUCGAACUCAUUAUAAGAGGAAUGGUGGACAACUAAUGAACUGUUCGAAAUUUACAGAAAGUUUUCAUCAACCUUUUGAAGUGCAUAUUGAAAUAUCUGCUCUUCUCUCCAUGAACUUUCAUUCAAUUACCUCCAGAAAUGAAGUAAUGGGCCUUGUUGGUGGAAUAUAUUGUAAUGAAGUAAAAUCUAAAACAUUAUAUGUUAAUAAAUAUCAACCUUGCCAAACUGUUCAACAAACACGAAUAGAUUGUGAAAUGUGUCCAGUAUCUCAGUCGGAAUCAGUAACAGCUAUAUCAAAUGAUGGGUUGUCCGUAGUAGGCUGGGUUCAUUCUCAUCCUGGAUUUCCACCAUUACCUUCUUUACAAGACUUAAAUACUCAAAAAGAAAUGCAAUGUUGUUUUGAAAAAAAUGGUCCAUUUAUGGGUAUUAUUAUUGGGCCUCAUAAUGGUGAAUUGAGGUGUCUUACAAUACCAAACCCGUCCAAUGAUAUACCAUAUGAAUACGAAAUAAAAUAUAAGCAUGAUAGUAAAAGCAUUCAAAAUCUUGAAGCUAGUUUAAAAAAUAUUCUUGAGAUAGUCAAAUCCUACUCAAGUGAUAUUUUAAGUCCUAAUAGUAAGUCACCAUAUAGUUCAGACAUGCGAGCUGUAGAUAAAUUCCUAAUGGAUAUGAAGCUUAUUUUCAAUAAAUUACAGCCAAAACUAAGCAUUGACGAAGAGGAACAAAUUGUUAAUUUAAUCAUAAGCACAUGUAAUACAAUAGAUAACUUUUCUACCGCCUAG